AUGGAGUUUAAUGAGAUUGUGGUGAAGGAGAGCCCUGGGCUGUGCCGGUGCUGUCUUUCUGAAGGAUGCUACAAAGACUUGGGCACCGAAUACACUUGGAUGAACGAAACUGAAGUCUACGCUGAUAUGCUUCUCGAAUGCUUCGAUAUUAGUAUCACCCAACAUAAUGAAGGUCCGAAUGGUCCGAAUCGCCUCAUCUGUGAAGUCUGCAUCACUCGGUUGCGGGACGCGUGUAACUUCAAGAAGCAAGUCAUGGACUCGGAGAAGAAGUUCAUUGAUAUGAUGGGUAGAGGGGAAUUUAGGCCAAAAAUGUUGAUCUACCAAACACAGAUGAAGUGUGAAGAUCCAGUUGUGGAACAGAUAGAGAAUGCCAAUGUGGAAUAUCUGGAGGAUGAGAUUGAGUUUGGUGAUGAUGACCUUCUAAAAGACUCUGACUCAGUGGAGGCCUCAGUGUCAGAUAUCACAGUAAGCGCUCUACCCAUUAAGGGCAAGCGAGGCAGGCCUCGCAAGGCCACACCAGUGAAACCAGAGAAACGGGCCAAAGUUGCCAAGAUGGAGGAUAAGCCGAAAACUUCUAAAGCUGUCGCUAAAGAAAACCAAGACACCGAGGAGAAGUUGAUAGAAAAACAACGCAAGGACGAUCUCACGCGACUCAUUACAGUGAUACUAGAAAAUUCGACCAUCCUCCCUUUUAGGUGGUCAGCGAACAAAUACAUGUGUUAUUUCUGCUGCUGUUCCUUCAUCGACAGUUCUAAACUAAAACAACACACCAUCGAAGAACAUAAAGACGCAAAAUUACGUAACUUAUUAAGAACUUUAGUCAGUCGAAGUCGUGUAAAAUUAGAUACGUCAGAGAUAAUUUGCAAACGAUGUAACCGCCAGUUCCUUUCUUUUGAUGAAUUUCUCGACCAUCUCUCUCUGUUACACGAACUGAAAUUUAAAAAAGAACUAACGGAUUGUCUAUUUACUUUUAACUUGUCUGAUGAUGGCAUGUCUUGCCAUGACUGCGGACAAGAAUUUAGGUUUUUCGGCCCUCUAUUGAAACAUGCUCAUAAAUACCAUAAUAGAUACAAAACGUACUUAUGCGAAAUUUGUGGACAAGGAUUCGUAGCUAAAGCAAAUGUAGACAGUCAUAUAAGAAAUGUUCACUCAUUUUCUAGCGGUCAAUGUACAAAAUGUGAUAAAGUAUUCCGUAACAAUUAUGCCCUACAAAUACACUUUGAGAAAACGCAUAAAACUGAAAUGUUGAAGUGCCCAAAAUGUCCAGAGAUAUUAGCCUCGAAAUAUUUAAAAAAGCGACAUUUAGCUUUAGAACAUGACGACAAAAAACUACAAUUUAACUGUGAUGAAUGCAACAGAGUGUUCACAAUGAAAAGUCGGCUAGUUCAACACAAGUUACGAACGCAUUUAAAACAAAAAACCGUAGCUUGUGAGAUCUGUGGUUUUAAAGUUUUUAAUAACGAUCUUUUAAGGCGUCACAUGGUACGUCAUAAUGAUACAAGGCCUUUUGAGUGCGAAUAUUGCAAAAAGACUUUUCAGAGGAAGAAAACUUUGGAGGUUCAUAAAAGGAUACAUACUAAUGAUCGGAGGUAUAUGUGCAAGGAGUGCGGGAGGGCAUUCGUUCAGGUAACUAGUUGGAAACUACACAUGAGAGUGCAUCAUGGAGGGACCGAAGGGGCCUCUUGGCAUUGA